AUGUUACUUAAUAAUAAAUAUUCUCUUGAUGAAACAAGCUUUUUUCAUAAUAAUUUUUCUGUUGAUAAUUAUGACUUUCCUGGUAAUAGUGAUGACUUUUUCAAUAAUGAUGAUUACUUUUCUUAUGAUAACAAUGAUUUUUCUGGUGAUAGUAGAUAUUUCUAG